ACACACAUCUCUACUUGGUCCAACAUCUAGAUUCACACUUCUAUUAUAAUCCAUCCAUUUGCAUCGUUUCAACUAAGGUUGUCUGUCAUCUAGCACCAGACAAUCAGAUCUCGUACAUCCCAAUCUAUAUCAACUGUGGGGAAAACUUCUUCCCCAACCACAGAACAAUGGUCUUCUUAACUUCCCCUCUGGCGAGCAACUGCGCGCCUCUUUUCUCUCUGCUCGAUGACUAUGACAUUCCUCGCUCCAGGCCUUCGAACAAGGCGGUAGCCACACCACCAUUCAUUCCCACUUUUGAUGUCUAUGAAACAAACGACACAUACCACCUCCAUGGCGAACUACCUGGGGUCAGUCAGGAGGAUAUCGCAAUCGAAUUCACGGAUCCCCAAACGAUGUCUAUCAAAGGCCGCAUGGAGCACAGGGACCACCACCUCAAGACCAACCCCGCCCGGCGAAUCAACCAGACAUCGAGCAGCCCACCCCCGAAAUAUCACCAACCGACUGUGGAAGAGGACUCUGAUGAGGAUGGUGAAAUGUCUACCCCUUCUCCAAGCAGUCCGCCUUCCCAGGUGACUCCCGGCGAGCCGGCUGAAGCACCGACCUACAAGUACUUGAUAACUGAGCGUUCGACCGGGGACUUCUACCGCGUAUUUUCCUUCGCAACUAGGGUCGACCAAGACUCAGUCAGGGCCCGCCUACAGGGUGGCAUUCUUUCUAUAUCAGUUCCAAAGGAGCGGGCUCCGCAACUUAAGAAGAUACGGGUCGAAUAAGCAGCCGUCUUCCCUAUUGAAUCUUCAUGGUCUGGUGUUUUGUUGGGUUUAUUCGCGCUU